AUGAAGCAGACAUUUCGACAGACAGGGAAUCGAAAAGCGCUGGACGAAAGGCAGCUCAUCACCAACCCGAACACCCCGAAUAUCCUCGUGGCGUUCGACCCGAGCGCGCGCUGCUCGCCGCUGCGAGAAAAUUCGAGCGACGUUUGCCAGCGCUUCCAGCAAGAACUCUCAGGCAUCGAGGAACGCAUCGCAGCAUCAGAACUCGACGGCCACACCCUACGUAUCGUGGGCGUGAUGUCGUACUACGGGCUCUGGUUAAAGAAGGAUGGGCAGCAGGCGCGCACGGCGCUGUCAGCUUCGUGCAAGACGUACAAAGACGAGCUCGGGUGCGUUUACCUCGACGCGCUCCUGAUCGAGGAAAAAUCGGGGAGUUCGCGCGCGCGAGCGCUGGGCUCCUUGACAAAGCGAUGCGUCGAGGAGCAGCCGGAUGCCUGCGAAUUAUUGGCGCUCUCCGGGAUCGAGUACUCGACCGAGGAGCUCUCCGCACAGAGUCAGGAGCUGAUCCUCUACUGUCAGGACGAGAACCUCUCCGAGCAUGUGGGCGCGUGCCUCGCCGGGCUCACGUUUCUGAGGCAAGUCGACGAGGUGCUCGCGUACCCGUCACACGUGCAGGUCCUCGAGCGAAAGCUGGCAAGAGAUCCUGCCAUGCUCGCGCGUUAUCUCUUCUACUUGCAAGACGCCAACCUCGAUGAGUUCGCGCGCCUCGAUCUCCGGGGCUCGGUCACUGCUCAACAACAGGAGUUGAUGCGCAGCGUCGCGAUGUUACAAGACCUGCUCAAUGAUCUCCUCAGAGUGCUCGAGAGCAAGGUGACGCCCUGGAGCGUGCUCGCUCACGUCACUUACGUGACGCUGCUCCACGACUUCGCGGACCUGCUCCGCGAUGCACCCAUGCCCGAGGGGCUUAACUCCGACCAGGCGCGGUUGUGGGAGGAGCAAUGGAAGACGCAGAACGGCCCGCUGAUCCAGAGCAUAGGGGAUAAGGCCGAGGCGCUCUCUGCGCCGACCAUGCUCGAGUUAUUCUCGGCGGAGACCAGAGGAUACUGGGCGUACGCGAAGCUCUACAAGA